GUGUGUGUAACUUUAUAAAGAGAAGAGAAGAGAAGAGAAGAGAGAAGAUGAGUUGAAGGGAGAAAAGUUUGUCAGAAGAGCCCAGGUAGGGAGGGAUACGUGCGUCUGUGUGUCUGUGACCGUGUGUCUGAGAGAAUUUGGCUCAGAAGAAAAUGCCCAUGCUUCCCUCAUCUAGUAGCACUGAGAGGAGGUGCGGUCGAAAGAAGGAAACCUGAGCUUUUUUUCCCUGGGCAGGAAAUCCAAAGGAACCAGAGAGAAAUUAGCUUCAUUCUGUAAGGACUAGAGGAGGGAAAGAGGAGGAAGAUUAAGGAGGAAGAGUGUGGAAGAUCACACACAGGGUGGGGGGUGGGGUGGGGGGGGCAGAAAGCCAAACUGGGAGGUGAAGGAAGCAUCAGGCUGCAGGUUAGCAUGAAGGAGAGUCUCAGUGGAAGUUUAAUGUCCUGAAAAAGCAGCUGUCCCAAUCCAAGUGACUCCAGUCCCUUCCUCAGCUGUCUUUUCUCCUUGCCUCACUCCCCAUCUCUAUUCUGGUGUGACAUCUCCUCCCCCUCUAGUAGCUUGCAGUUCUGUGGAUGAGCCAGGGGAGGUAUGCUGGGCUUCACGGUUCUGGGAAUGACAUUUGUGGUUCUGACUGGUGGGCUGUUCAGUGUGGCAGACUCGGACCUGGGCUGGGAGCAUAAGCGGUCCUUGGUCCUCGGGGGGCAGCGGGCUCCAGAAGGAGAACCUUGCUGGCUGGGGACUAGGGCCCGAAGACCCCGAGCUGCUCCCCUGCAUCAUCUUUUUGGGGUCUACCCUAGCAGAAGAGUGGACUACUUGCAUCCCUACCCCAUCAGGGAACACAGAAGCCCCCCUGUGGUAAAUAGUAAGCCUGGCACUGAGGCGAGAGUUUCGAAGCAUUUUCUUCGAGAUGAAACUAAAAAGCAAAUGAGGAGUCUGGCCACAUUACUGAGUGGAAGUCGAGGCUGGGGGACUCUUGUCCCACAGACAGGGGACAGUCCCAGUGAGCAGGCUGAUGACAUUUACUUUGGGAGUCGAGGCUUCUCGCAGUCUCUGAGUGAGGCUGGGACCAGGGAAAGAGCUGCCGUCGGCGCCGGAGCCCCCUCACACCCACCAGGACCAGAAGCAGCAUCCCAAAGAAAGGGCGAAGUGCGGGUCAGGCAUCCGAGACAGGCGCAGGAGAAGAAUGCAGAGAACUUGGGGGAAAACCCCAGCUGGGGAGGAGCAACCUUUAACUCCCAAGAAGGGAUGCCUGUCCUGUACUUCUCUGGGAGGCGGGAACAGCUGCUGGUUCGCCCAGAGGUGAUGGUUGAGAUUCCCCGGGAAGCAUUCACGGUUGAAGCCUGGAUAAGACCAGAGGGAGGACAAAACAACCCAGCCAUCAUAGCAGGUGUGUUUGACAACUGCUCUCAUGCUGUCAGUGACAAGGGCUGGUCCUUGGGUAUCCGCUCAAUGGAGCAUCAUGGGAGGAAGGAUGCUCGUUUCUUCUUUUCUCUCCGCACAGACCGUGUGAGAAAGGCCACAAUCGUGACUGGGCACAGCCGCUACUUGUCAGGUACAUGGACACAUUUAGUAGCCACUUAUGAUGGACACCGCAUGGCUCUGUAUGUGGACGGAGCUCAAGUUGCCAGUAGUCUGGACCAGUCUGGACCCUUGCACAGUCCAUUUAUGGCAUCUUGCCGUUUUUUGAUCCUGGGUGGGGAUAGCUCAGAGGACAGGCGCCAAUUUCGUGGGCACAUAGGUAUCCUGACUCUCUGGAACACAGCCCUUCAACAAAGCCAGCUCCAGCAGAGUUUCUUGCAGCCAAAUGGGUAUGGGGACUUAGCUUCCUUGGCACUCAGCGCCAGUUUUGCUCCAGUGGAACAGCAAUGGGUAACCUUCAAUGAUGGGGAAUUCCCAAGACUUGAGAUGCUUGAGGAUCCAGAUCCCGAGCCUGAGAUUCUUUACCCUCUCCUGCCUCCAUCCUGUGGGCAAACUGCCUGUGACAACGUGGAGUUGAUCUCCCAGUAUAACUGGCACUGGCCACUGAGGAGCGAGAAGGUGAUCCGUUACCAAGUGGUGAAUGUAUGUGAUGAUGAUGGUCUGAACCCUACUGUCAGCAGUGAGCAAAUCACACGGCAACAUCAGGCACUGACUGCAGCCUUCAGCUGGUACAAUAUCAGCUGGCAACUGAGUGUUCAUGAAGUCCGUAACUCCACCCUGCGCUAUCGAGCUGUCCUGGUGAACUGUGAGCCCAGCAAGAUUGGCAAUGACCAUUGUGAUGCCGAGUGUGAGCACCCACUUACUGGCUAUGAUGGAGGUGACUGUCGCCUUCAGGGACGCUGCUACUCCUGGAACCGAAGGGAUGGCGUGUGUCACAUGGAGUGCAACAAUAUGUUGGAUGACUUUGAUGAUGGUGACUGUUGUGAUCCUGAGGUAACGGAUGUUCGGAAGACCUGCUUUGACCCUGACUCACCCAAGAGGGCUUACAUGAGUGUGAAGGAGCUGAAAGAAACUUUACAACUGAACAGCACCCACUUUCUCAAUGUCUACUUUGCCAGUUCAGUACGGGAAGACCUGGCAGGUGCUGCUACUUGGCCUUGGGACAAAGAAGCCAUCAGCCACCUUGGUGGUGUGGUACUCAACCCAAACUAUUAUGGCAUGCCUGGCCAUACCAACAUCAUGAUCCAUGAAGUGGGACAUGUUUUGGGGCUAUACCAUGUCUUCAAAGGAGUCAGUGAAAGGGAAUCUUGUGAUGAUCCCUGCAGGGAGACUAUACCAACCAUGGACACAGGAGACCUUUGUGCUGACACAGCUCCCACCCCCAAAAGUAAGCUGUGUCAGGACCCAGAACCUACUAAUGACACCUGUGGCCAAAACCACUUCUCUGGAACACCAUUCAACAACUACAUGAGCUAUACAGAUGAUGACUGCACUGAUCACUUCACUCCAAACCAAGUAGCCCGCAUGCAUUGCUAUUUGGAUCUGGUGUAUCAGCAAUGGAGUGACAGCAAAAGACCCACCCCGAUUCCCAUUCCACCAAUGGUCAUUGGACAGACCCAAGAUUCCCUCACUAUUCACUGGCUGCCUCCCAUUAGUGGAGUUCUAUAUGAAAGAGAUGCUGGCAGUCUGUGUGGAGUCUGCACAGAAGAUGGAACUUUACGUCAAUAUGUCCAUUCUGCUUCUUCACGUCGUGUGUGUGAUUCUUCAGGUUACUGGACUCCCGAGGAGGCAGUAGGACCCCCAGAUGUGGAUCAACCCUGCGAGCCAAGCUUACAGGCCUGGAGUCCAGAGCUUCAUCUGUACCAUAUGAACAUGACUGUCCCCUGUCCAGCAGAAGGUUGUAGUCUGGAGCUGCUCUUCCUCCAUCCAGUCCAUGCAGAUAGCCUUACACUGUGGAUCACCUACCUCUCCAUGGAUUCCUCCCAAGCUCUCUUUGACAUGGAGGUCUUAAUGGAAAACCAUGAGUCUGUUCAUCUAGGACCCUUGGAUACCUUCUGUGAUACUCCCCUCACUGUCAAACUUAAUGUUGAAUGGAAAGUCUCAGGAGUGAAGGUCUACACAUUUGAUGAGAGGAUGGAAAUCGAUGCAGCUCUUCUUGCAUCCAAACCUCAUAGCCCACUGUGUUCUGGCUGCAGACCUGUAAAGUACCAGAUCCUUCGGGAUCCCCCAUUUAAAAGCAACUCCCCUGUCAUGGUGACACACCGUCAUCGGAAAUUCAUUGACAAGGAUGUUACUCCUGGUCAGAUAUAUCAAUACCAAAUUCAAGCUGUGGCUGGCACAGAAGUAGGGGAAGCUUCUCCUCCUCUCAUCCAUAUCCAUGGAACCCCCUACUGUGGGGAUGGCCAGGUGACAGAGAAUCUGGGAGAAGAAUGUGAUGAUGGAGAUUUGCUUGAUGGAGAUGGUUGCUCUAGAAAAUGUGAGAAGGAAAAAGGUUUCAACUGUGUAGGGGAGCCCAGCCUAUGCUACAUCUAUGAGGGAGAUGGGAUAUGUGAGCCUUUUGAGAAGAUGAACAGCAUCCUAGACUGUGGCCUCUAUACUCCCAAAGGAUACUUGGAUCAGUGGGCCACUCAAGCCUAUACAUUUCAUCAGGACAAUAAGAUGUGCCCUGUUUCCUUGGUGAUUGGGGAACCUCUUUCCAAGGUUUGCAAAUCCCAGCAUCCCAAGUCACCAGAAGACCGUUUUCUUGCUGGUUGGUUUCCCUGUAUAGCAAGUGAAGGGCAAAGAAAACAGCCUGAAAUACAACUAGACAGAAAUGAAAAGGUCUGGCUCAAGGUAUGCUUUGACAGACCUGGUGUGGCUACCACAGUUUUCAUUUUCUUGGCAUCUGAUGGUAUGGUCCAUGGUGAAAAGCAGCGGCCAACAGUGACCCUUCAUUUGAGUGACGCCAAUGGACAAAACCACUCACUUGGAACCUAUGAACUAUCAUGCCAACAUAACCCAUUGGCAAUUAAUGUGACCCACAAUCUGAAUUUUCUUUUUCACCAAAUCACCGCAGUGCUGCUUAAUUUUUCUUCACCAUUUGUGGGCAUCUCAGCAGUGGCCCUAAGGACUUCCUUAAAUAUUAACCCAUCAAUCCCCAACAAAUGUAUCCUGGGGCAUGAAGGGCAUGGACACCAACAAUCAAGCUAUCCCCAUCAGCUUUGUGGAGAACAGGGCAGCUGUGAGCCACUGCGACUUGACCAUGCAGAUGUGGUGAAUUGUACAUCCAGCAGCCCAGGACACAUGAAAUGUGCUGUCAUCUGUCAAAGAGGAUACAUUCUCCAGACUAGCAGUGGAAAGAGACUAAAGUCCAUGCAGAAGGAGAUUGUGCUCACAUGUUCCUCUGGACACUGGAACCAAGCUAUCAGUUGUGUGCCCCUUGAUUGUGGUGUUCCUGACCAGUCACAUGUAUACUACGCCAGAUUCUCCUGCUUGGAAGGAACUAACUUUCAGAAACGUUGUUCUUUCUCCUGUAUCUCACCAGCCAAACUUCAAGGAAUGAACCAGUGGUUGACCUGUCUUGAGGAUGGGCUCUGGUCUCUCCCAGAAGCAUAUUGCAAAUUAGAAUGUGAUGUUCCUCCAGUCAUAGCUAAUGCCAAACUGCUACUGCCUCGCUGCCUCCAAGGAAAUCAUGAUGUGGGGUCCAUCUGCCGAUACCAAUGUGAACCUGGGUACUAUGUGGCAGAAAGUACAGAAAGCAAGCCCAAAAGCAAGCUUCUGAAGAUCCAAUGCCUGGAGAGUGGAAAUUGGGAGAAAGGCAGCUGCAUCCCAGUGGUGUGUGAACCACCAGCUCCUGUUUUUGAAGGCAUGUAUGCUUGCACCAAUGGCUUUAAGCUGGGUAGCCAGUGUGUACUCAACUGUAACGUGACCAGUCAAAGGAUACCCAUAACUUGCACUAAAGAAGGGUUAUGGACAGAAGAAUUUAAGCUGUGUGAUAAUCUUCAGGGGGAAUGUCCACCACCCCCAGAGCUGAAUUUAGUGGAAUACAAGUGUGAACAGGGAUAUGGAAUUGGUGCCAUGUGUAUACCAUCCUGUAUAAUCCCCCCUAGUGAUCCAGUAAUCCUGCCUGAAAACAUCACUACUGACACAGUGGAGCAUUGGAUGGAACCUACCAAGGUCCAGAACAUAGUGUGUACUGGGAGAAGGAGAUGGCACCCAGAUCCUAGCCUGGUUCAUUGCAUCCAAUCAUGUGAGCCUUUCCAAGCUGAUGGGUGGUGUGAUACAAUCAACAAUCGAGCCUACUGUCAAUAUGAUGGUGGAGACUGCUGUUCUUCAACCCUUUCUUCCAAGAAGGUAAUCCCAUUUGCUGCUGACUGUGAGCAAGAUGAAUGCACCUGCCGGGAUCCCAAAGCAGAAGAGAAUCAAUAAAUGGCACAAAAGACCCCACUGCUAGCAUAGGAGGCUGAAAGCUAGAGGUGAUCACCCCCUCUUGGGGAGACCCUCUGGCUAAGGGGAGGUGGGGUGGGUGAGCAAGGAAGGGAAGUCUGAAGAAAGGAAUUUUCUGUAAACCAAGACUGGUGGAAAGAGGAGGUUCCUGGAAGAGCUCAUAAAAACAAGAAGAGGGGAGAGCACAUUCUAUGAAAGAAUACUUCUAAGUGUCAAGCAUGGCAAAAGACAUUUGAAUUAUUGAUAACCAUCAUUAUCAUACAUUGUAAAAGGGGAGAACCUCAUUCAAGUGAUAGGACAACUACUCUUGAUGGCCCAAGACCCCCCCCCCGUAUUAUGCUCCACUCUCAUUGCCAUCUCCGACACUCUCCUUUUCCUUCCUUGUGCUCCACCCCACUCACAUCCAGCUUGAAAACUCAGACUCAAAGUCAUCUAGGAGAAGCUGCCAGGGGCUCUUUGUACCUUCUUAUCACAUAUGGUCUACCCAUCUACCCGGCUCUCUCUUCUCUAACCUAUCCUGCUUCCUUUCUUCUGCUGCACAGACUCCUUCAGCAGUAAUGAAUUUAGUCAUGAACUCUCUACAAGUAUUUAAACAAAACUACAUAAAUUACAUAAAUAUAUGAAAUAUAUGAUAUAUUUUUUGCUGUGUAUUAAGGUAAAACAAAUACCCUUUGUCACACACAUGCUGCUGUAAAGUAUAUGUCCUGAAACAAAUGCUAGGAGUCUAGGGGUAAGUACAGAUAUAGCCCUUUAAUCCUUCCUUGCUUGGUUAUAGGGUCUAGACAUGGAGUAAGAGACUGUGUGAUAACUGUGAUCCUAGUUAUCUUUGGGUGGGUAGGAUUGAGGCCCUGGGAGCAGGGCUGAGUUACAUAAACACUGAGUAAAAGCAACUUAGUGGGAAUGAGAUCAAGAGACCUAUAUAAUUCCCCCUUGCUUCCAGUCUAUUCAAAUAGGGUAGAUUUUGCUAGGAUGGUUGAUGUUCCUAACAUUGCACCAUCUAGGGCACCAUGGUAUAGUGAAUACAGAACUGUCCUUGGAGCCAGAAAAGAUCUGCAUUGAAAUCCUCCCUCUGACAAAUAGUGACUGUGUGGACCAGCCAAAUCACUUAUUUUCUCAGUGCUCUAGGCAACUCUUUAAGACUUUGAAAUCUCAGAAAGGAUACUGACAUGCCGAAUGGGGAGUUCCCUACACCAAUGAAACCAAAAGUUCAAUCUCUAUCCCUAUGGUCCCUCUUGAGGCAUCUAGGAAAACUAGGAUGUUCAGGCUUACAAGAACUUUGGUUAAUGCCUCCAUAAUUUAGAUACUACUCCAAAUACACAGGUGAACUAGAAGAAUUUGCAAUAAUAUCACUGUAAAUAUGAAGUUUAAGAAAACCUGAUAAGACAUAGGUAUUGGAAUUUAAGAAUGAGGUCAGAGAGGAGACAAGAAUCAAAGCUUAUGGAUAGCUGAGAAAUGCUAGAAAAGAUGCCUUUCCAUUUCAAUUUAUUAUUUCAUAAGAAGGAAAGUAUCACAGGCUAGGAUAAAAUCAUAUUUGUUCCUUCUUUUCAGGGCAGGUAAGGAUUAAAGUCCUUUGCUUUCAAUGUCAAAACCUUAUACUAAUAUUUUCCAAAUGUAAUUAUUCUGUGUUUAAGAAACCUCCAUUAUAGGUUGGCAAGAAGGCCAGUUAGACAAACUAAGUGAUCAAGGCUUCCAGAACAUGUAAAUAUUCUGCCUGGUUUAUGAAGUUUAGUUUGAAAAAAAAAUAGAAAAGAAAUUUUAUGAUAUAUAUACUCCCAUAUUAUUGCCCCAUCUUAUUUUUUUUUUUCAGCUCGGUAUCUAUUGCUCCCUUUACCUAAGGCCUUGGUCUCUCAGUAUUAAUGCUUUCCCCUUAAGUUCUGAACUUCAAUGUUUUUUAGGAUGAAAUGCUAAAGGCAUAGUCCUUUGUUGGAAGAUUCACCUACUUUUUGACUCUAAGAGCAUUAGAUUGACUUGGACACCACCCAGGGUUUUUUUAUUCCCAAGGAUGACAGGAUGGGACAGAAAUUGCCCAAUGCAUAUAACCCAAAUAUGAAUCUCAGUCACUUAGCAGCAAAUAUUUCCUAAAAACCUUCUGAGUGUUCAUUCAUUAGUGUAACCCCAAGAAUUCACCUUUUUUUUCUUAUCAUCCUUAAUGUCCUUGUCAAACAAGAUUUCUCAUAUGUUGGAAAUGACAAUGGAUAAAAAGAGUGGAAAUUCAUACAAAGAUAAAAUGAAGAAAACCUGAAAAUAAUUUAGACAAGAUCUAUCAGCUUUAGGGUUAAAGGAGGCCCCAACUAAGGAUGGUGAGAGGGAGAAAUGAGUCAAGGUGACUCAGUCCUUAAACCAAGUCUGGAAACAUACCCAGGGGGUUACUUUUGGCAAUUAGAGAUGAUCCAAGAAGUCCAAAGGAAAUUCAAAUCAAACAUUGCAUGAAAAAUCUGUGACCCA